AUGCGUAAGUGUUAUUAUCUUUUGCAGAAGAAGGCUUUUAUCGUAGAGUUCUAUUCUAGUUGGUGCGGUGCUUGUAUUGCAUAUGCUCCACUGUACAAGCUUUUUGCUGCCAACGUGACUAUUUUUUUUAGGCGUCUGCAAACAUGGAGUCCUAUUCUGCAAGUUACAGCGGUUAACUGUGCCGAAGAAAUAAAUUCAAAAUUAUGCCGGGAGCACGGAAUUGAAGCUUUCCCAACGUUAAAGUAUUUCAAAUAUUCCUCAACGAACAAAGACGAUGGGAAGUUUUUCAAAGGCGACAGUCAUGAUAUUGUGAGAUUGCCACUUGAAGUUGCUAAUUUAGUACAUGAAGACUGGUCAAAGCAGCAACCAUCAGAAUGGCCAAAUUUUGAUUUUGCUAAUGAUGAUGCUUCACUGGCACAGCUAUGGCAACAAGUGCGUAAUCCUGAUUAUAUAGAAAUGGUUGUUGGUUCUCAUCCUGCCAAAUUAGCAUGGGCUGAGAUGGUCAACCAUGCUUCUGACGGGCGAAUUCGCGUCGUCUCGGUUACUGCAGAUAACGUCGAAGCUCGAAGACUUGGCACAUCUCCAUCAAACUUACCUAAAGUAUACUUGUUCAAGCGAAACGAUCCAACUCCAGUCUUCAUAUCUGGUGAUAACGCUAUAUAUCAUGAAGUAAGCGAAAGAAUAUUUACCAAUCUUGGAUCUUUACCACAGGUUCAAAUUGUUGAUAUCAUGUCUGCAAUGCAUCACAUGCUGAAAGAGGAAAUACCUAGGAAACAGCACAUUGAAGGUGAAAGGUUGAAAGCUUUGAAACUUUGGAUUCAUAUGCUGAAAAAGUAUGUACCGGGAACUACUUCUAUACGAAGAUUGUUUUACCGCCUAGAUGAGUGGCUUAAAACUCAAGAUCAAGGAAUAUCUUCAGAGCAGUGGGUGGAUAAAGUUGACCUUAUUCAGCUGAGAAUAGAAGCUAGUGGUGGUUUGGGUAACACUCUCAAGAACUUGAAAGAUCCGAAGCUUAGGCUUUUUUCUUUACUUUUGGAAUACGCAACGAAGAAGCCUUCGGUAUUUUGUAAAAUUCCGCCACUAGGUCGUGGUCUUGAAAAACUUCAAAUAGGGUGAAC